AUGGGUAACAACCAAAACUUCCAGAAUACCAACCCUAACGGGGGUUGGAAUUCUCAGAAGAAUGCGAAGAAUUCUAAUUCUGACAGGAAUAGGAAUUCAACGCAAGGUCCUACUCCAACAGGGAACUGGACGAACCAACCCAUGAUCACCAACUCACCACAUAAUGCGCCGGAACAUCCGAAGAAAUCGUAUCCAGCUGUUACGAACAAAAAUGUAAACGAAGGACAACUACAAAUGGCAUACCAAAAGCUACAAAAGGCUUUAGGUAACAAUUUCAAAGGGAAUCAGAAAAUUAAUUUCUAUCCCAACUCGAACAAAACUAGUAAUAGUAAUGGCGUUAAACAGAACACUCAUACUAAUACUAAUUCGAACAAUUCUGGUGGUAAUAACAACAGUAAUGAUAAUGCUAAACCCCAGAACAGCGACAAUCGUGGUGAAAAACCGCAUGAAGCCAGAAAACCCUCGACUUUCCAACCGAAAGUGUCUAGUCAGAUACCUUUACCAGUACAUUUCUUCGUAAUAAACGAGGAUGGUACGGUAGGAGAAGGUACUCCGGACAAUGCCGAUUUCUGUGCAGAAAUCGAAGAAAUCGACCUGAGUCAAGAUUCCAACGAGAGUCAAGACCAAGGAAACGAUGACAAUUCGGAAAACUAA